AUGUCAUCAUCAAGUCUUCCCUUCGCCGACCCUCUCUGGCUUAACCGGAGGUACAGCCCCUACUACAAGGAGUCCCACCGACGCCUGCAAAAGGAAGCCCGGUCGUAUAUCGACACCCACAUAGCCCCAUAUUGUGACGAAUGGGAAAAGAAGGGUUCCGUUCCUGUAGAAGUGUACCAGCGCCACGCUGCGCUUGGAUAUACAGCGGCCACCCCAUUUCCCCUAGCCACGGACUAUCUGCGUGGCCAGAAGCUCCCUGCGGGAAUCAAAGCCGAAGAAUGGGACGGCUUCCACGACUUGAUUGUCAUCGACGAGAUUGCGCGAUGCGGCUAUCUUGGUGUUAUCUGGGCACUGGGAUGUGGCAAUUCAAUUGGCGGGCCGCCUGUCAUCAACUUUGGGAAUGAAGAGCAAAAGAACCGAUUCCUGCCCGAUAUGCUAAGUGGGAAGACACGAUUUUGUCUGGGUGUUACAGAGCCGGAUGCUGGAUCCGAUGUUGCGGGCAUCACCACGACCGCAGAACGCCGCGGUGACAAGUAUAUCGUGAACGGGGCGAAGAAGUGGAUUACCAACGGUAUUUUUGCAGAUUAUUGUACAGCUGCUGUGCGGACAGGAGGCGAGGGUAUCGCUGGGGUGUCGGCCCUGGUGAUUCCACUCAAUGCGUCCGGCGUAACGCGCAGGAAGAUUGACAACUCGGGUGUCCUUGCCAGCGGGUCUACGUAUAUCGAAUUUGACGACGUUGAGGUGCCCGUGUCCAACCUUCUCGGCGAAGAAAACAAAGGGUUUCCCAUUAUCAUGAACAACUUUAACCACGAACGUCUCUGGCUUGCUUGUACAUCGCUGCGGAUGGCUCGCGUCUGUGCGGAAGAUGCUUAUCGUCACGCCAUAACCCGCGAGACGUUCGGUAAGAAGCUUAUCGAGAACCAGGUGAUCCGGGCCAAGUUCGCAGCAAUGGGACGAAGUCUCGACUCAGCAUAUGCAUGGAUGGAGCAACUCGUGUACAUGGCGGAGACAGCAAAGGCCAAUCACACCGACGCGGCAAUGGGAGGCCUGUUUGCCAACCUUAAGGUCCUUGCGGGACGGACCCUGGAGAUGGUAAAUAGGGAAGCCCAACAGGUCCUCGGGGGUCUCGGGUACUCGAAGAACGGCCGGGGGGCUCGAAUUGAGCAGAUCAGUCGCGAUGUUCGGGUUAUGGUUGUCGGGGGUGGGAGCGAGGAGAUUCUGUCGGAGCUGGCCGUGAACCAGGAAAUCAGGGCAAUGGGAAAGUUGAGCAAGUUGUAG